AUGUCCAAGAGCGGCAUACUGAGCACUCGCAGCGUUCGAAGUGUCCGCAGCCACAGGAGCCACGAGACCUGCGAAAGUGCCAUUCACGGCGUCGUCGCGUCAGAUGCAUCCGAAGUCAACUCCCAGGCGCAGGUGCAAAUCGUCAUUUCAGAGAUCGACGAGUUCGACGACAUUGCCAGAGAGCCGUCGCUGCAUAUCCCAGGAAGAAAUGAUACAGUGCCCGCGCGGCCCGCCUGUGUAAAGAUCGAUUCGGAUCCGGCUCCUCCGCCACCGGACUUCGAGACCUUCGAGACGGAAGCAGCCGAAACAGAUAAGGCCAUCUCGAUUGGGACUCAAAAGUUGACUCAAAAGUCAAAAAAAGCAUCAACGAGAGACCGCUGCCCUGGCUGUCGCCGAUUCUUGUGGGCCAAGUGCUGGCAAGAUCCCCGCUGGCGGAAGUGCGGCUUGAUCACUGCUGCUUUGGUAUGGGUUGUGGUAAUCGCUUUGGCCAUUUCGCUGGGGCUUCUUUGGCCCCGUGACCCGUCUUGGAGACUCACGAGCCUUCAGAUGGACGUGGAUGCAUUGAUGAGCUUGGUCACAGCCGCCUCCAGCGGUCCCUCUGUGAUUGAGACGGCGGUCGUGCCAGAUCAGGUCUUCCGGGCAGAAGUCGAAGUGAACAACCCGAAUCUCGUUGGGGCUGAGAGCCAGGCAGGCCAAUUUCAUUUCAUUUUUGAGGGCCGCAACGUGGGUGCGGGGAUGACCGGGCCCGCAACUAUUCCUCCACAGUCUGUAGCAACGGUUGUGGCAGAAGGAGCGCUGCAGGUCGACAAAGACCUACUUCAUGCCAUGGCUAGUGAGCUCAGUGCCGACAGCCCCACGGUCCCCACGCUCAACUUUGAAAUCCUUGCAGAGUCCGACUUUCAAAGCAUAUUUGGGAUGGAGCUUCAUUACCAGAUGCAUUGCAAAAUUGACUUUUCCAUCCCUGAUCUCAUGAUGUCAGAUACACGAGCCAGGGCAGUCACAGGCCGAGAGUGCAAGCACACCGUGAACUUCUGA